AUGGAAGCGGGACCCUCGGGAGCAGCUGCGGGCGCCUACCUGCCCCCCCUGCAGCAGGUGUUCCAGGCACCUCGCCGGCCUGGCAUUGGCACUGUGGGGAAACCAAUCAAGCUCCUGGCCAAUUACUUUGAGGUGGACAUCCCUAAGAUUGACGUCUACCACUACGAGGUGGAUAUCAAGCCGGAUAAGUGUCCUCGCAGAGUCAACCGGGAAGUGGUGGAAUACAUGGUCCAGCAUUUCAAGCCUCAGAUCUUUGGUGAUCGCAAGCCCGUGUAUGAUGGAAAGAAGAACAUUUACACUGUCACAGCACUGCCCAUUGGCAAUGAACGGGUUGACUUUGAGGUGACAAUCCCUGGGGAAGGGAAGGAUCGAAUCUUCAAGGUCUCCAUCAAGUGGCUAGCUAUUGUUAGCUGGCGCAUGCUGCAUGAGGCCCUGGUCAGUGGCCAGAUCCCUGUUCCCUUGGAGUCCGUGCAAGCCCUGGAUGUGGCCAUGAGGCACCUGGCAUCCAUGAGGUACACCCCCGUGGGCCGCUCCUUCUUCUCACCGCCUGAGGGCUACUACCACCCGCUGGGGGGUGGGCGCGAGGUCUGGUUCGGCUUUCACCAGUCUGUGCGCCCUGCCAUGUGGAAGAUGAUGCUCAACAUUGAUGUCUCAGCCACUGCCUUCUACAAGGCACAGCCGGUGAUUGAGUUCAUGUGUGAGGUGCUGGACAUCAGGAACAUAGAUGAGCAGCCCAAGUCCCUCACAGACUCUCAGCGUGUGCGUUUCACCAAGGAGAUCAAAGGCCUAAAGGUGGAAGUGACCCACUGUGGACAGAUGAAGAGGAAAUACCGUGUGUGUAAUGUUACCCGCCGCCCUGCCAGCCAUCAGACGUUUCCCUUGCAGCUGGAGAGUGGACAGACUGUGGAGUGCACAGUGGCACAGUAUUUCAAGCAGAAAUAUAACCUUCAGCUCAAGUAUCCCCAUCUGCCCUGCCUGCAAGUUGGCCAGGAACAAAAGCAUACCUACCUGCCCUUAGAGGUCUGUAACAUUGUGGCUGGGCAGCGCUGCAUUAAGAAGUUGACCGACAACCAGACUUCGACCAUGAUAAAGGCUACAGCUAGGUCGGCCCCAGACAGACAGGAGGAGAUUAGCCGCCUGAUGAAGAAUGCCAGCUAUAAUCUAGAUCCCUACAUCCAGGAAUUUGGGAUCAAAGUGAAGGAUGACAUGACGGAGGUGACGGGGCGAGUGCUGCCGGCCCCCAUCUUGCAGUACGGCGGCCGGAACCGGGCCAUUGCCACACCUAAUCAGGGUGUCUGGGACAUGCGGGGGAAACAGUUCUACAAUGGGAUUGAGAUCAAAGUCUGGGCCAUCGCCUGCUUCGCACCCCAAAAACAGUGUCGAGAAGAGGUGCUCAAGAACUUCACAGACCAGCUGCGGAAGAUUUCCAAGGAUGCAGGGAUGCCCAUCCAGGGCCAGCCUUGCUUCUGCAAAUAUGCGCAGGGGGCAGACAGCGUGGAGCCCAUGUUCCGGCAUCUCAAGAACACCUACUCAGGGCUGCAGCUCAUUAUCGUCAUCCUGCCAGGGAAGACGCCAGUGUAUGCUGAAGUGAAACGUGUUGGAGAUACGCUCUUGGGAAUGGCUACACAGUGUGUGCAAGUGAAGAAUGUGGUCAAGACCUCGCCUCAGACUCUGUCCAAUCUCUGCCUGAAGAUCAAUGUCAAACUUGGUGGCAUUAACAACAUCCUAGUUCCACACCAGCGCUCUGCCGUCUUUCAACAGCCAGUGAUAUUCCUGGGAGCAGAUGUUACACACCCCCCAGCAGGGGAUGGGAAAAAACCUUCUAUCACAGCAGUAGUAGGCAGUAUGGAUGCCCACCCCAGCCGUUACUGUGCUACUGUGCGAGUGCAGCGACCCCGGCAGGAGAUCAUUGAAGACUUAUCCUACAUGGUGCGUGAGCUGCUCAUCCAGUUCUACAAGUCUACCCGCUUCAAGCCUACCCGCAUCAUCUUCUACCGAGAUGGGGUUCCUGAAGGCCAGCUCCCCCAGAUCCUCCACUAUGAGCUGUUGGCCAUCCGUGAUGCCUGCAUCAAACUGGAAAAGGACUACCAGCCUGGGAUCACUUAUAUCGUGGUGCAGAAACGCCAUCAUACGCGCCUUUUUUGUGCUGACAAGAAUGAGCGAAUUGGGAAGAGUGGUAACAUCCCAGCUGGGACAACUGUGGACACCAACAUCACCCACCCAUUUGAGUUCGACUUCUAUCUGUGCAGCCAUGCAGGCAUCCAGGGCACCAGCCGACCAUCCCAUUACUAUGUCCUUUGGGAUGACAACCGUUUCACAGCGGAUGAGCUCCAGAUCUUGACGUACCAGCUGUGCCACACUUAUGUACGAUGCACGCGCUCCGUCUCUAUCCCAGCACCUGCCUACUAUGCCCGCCUGGUGGCUUUCCGGGCACGAUACCACCUAGUGGACAAGGAGCAUGACAGUGGAGAGGGGAGCCACAUAUCGGGGCAGAGCAAUGGGCGGGACCCCCAGGCCCUGGCCAAAGCCGUGCAGGUUCACCAGGAUACUCUGCGCACCAUGUACUUCGCUUGAAGGCAGAACGCUGUUACCUCACUGGAUAGAAGAAAGCUUUCCAAGCCCCAAGAGCUGUGCCGCCCAAAUCCAGAGGAAGCAAGGAGGAGGAGGGAGGGUAGGGAGGAGUUCAGAAGGCCUUGUUUCCUUCUACAAAGGGGGCUUUAAAAGGGUGGGGAACAGGGCCAGUAAGCCAGACCACCAGCCAGAAGUCUCUGAUGUCCACCUCAUGACCCCCACCCCUCACCCCAUCUUGUCACAUCUGGCCCUGACCCCACUGGACCAAGAGGGGCAGCACUGGUGCCCACCAUACACACAGGUGUCUCAUGUGACUUGCAGUGCUAAAGACUCAUGCCUGACAGCUUGGUAAGGUCGGCUCUGCAGCCCCACGGACAAAAGCUGGUAGGUUUGGGUUUGAUAAUUUAGAUGGGAGAGUGAGGGGCUUGAGAAAGUGGGUGGGAGGAAGGAAGGAUUUUUUAGGAGCCUUAAUCAGAAAAGGUCUAGAUUUGUUUAAGAGGAAAAACGAAACCAGACCCAGAUCAAUAUUUUAGAAUACUAGAUGUUUUAAUGGGUUGAAAAUCCAGUUUGUAGGAAGAUUUUUAAUGCUAAUGAUUUUGGUUGCUCCUCCCCCAGCUGCCACCCCCCUUUCCCUUAUUCCUUUCUCUCCACCUUUUCUACCCCACCUUACACCUCCUCCCUGACAGACAUCCAGCCCCUAGUAAGACUUAAGGCACUAUGGCACUUAGCUCUGAAGUGACACGACCCUGUCUUCCUUCCGCCUACUGGUGGGUAACCAGUGCCUUCCCUGUAACGGUAAUGCUGCAGAACUGCAACCUUUUGUACCUUUCUUUGGGGGGAUGGGGUGGGGGUGGGAGAGGAGGUAGGUGGGGAAGAAAUACCCCUAACCCAACAAGCCUCCAGCCAGAGCGCCAGCUAUUUUGCAUUCAAAGGAAUUGACUUCCAUAUUCAUUGAGCUUUUAAAAAAGAUCACAACCUCAAGAUGGUUAAAGUCCAUUGACAUUUGCACUUUCAGACAUGAUGUCUUGGAGCUGCUGAGAUGACUGGCCCCUGGCCUUUCCACUUAACGCCUCCUUUUCUCCCUGUCCCCCCAAGCCUCCCCACCUGCCUGGGUCUGGAGUUACUUUCAUAGCAUUUCUCAUUCUUGGCUUCUUUUUUCCCCUGAUGGUCAAGUCGCUUAUGUUUCAAUAUUUCUUAACUGGGGUGUCUUAUAACAAAUGAUCUUAAGUCUAAAAUAA